AUGGCGGCGAAGGGCAAGAUCAAGACACCAACCAAGAAAGAGCUGACAGAGCGUCUCGCCAAACUCGAGGCGGCAAACAACGUCUCUGAACUCGGAACUCCUGAGAAGCAAGCCGCCCCGAAGUCCGUAUGGAACGUGGACAUGAUUAAAGUCCUGCUCGAGUUACGCCUCCGUACAUACGCGUCGCUGUUCCAGGGAUCGAAAAGCAACCAACAGCUUUCUAUCCUGUGGGAAACGAUUGCCAUGCGACUCAGCGUGGUGUCGGGGGUGGUUGUUUCUCACCCGUCUGCCAAAGAAAAAUACCACAGUCUCAAGCAAGACAAACGACUGGAAACGAUGUUGACGCUGCCGCUGCGCACCCACACCACUGGGAGCACGGUGGAAUACUUUGGAGACAAAAGUGGGCUUGUGCACAAUGAAUUCGGCUCAAGUGCUGAGCGUGCGAUCGACGACGACAGCGACAAGGCUAGUGAAGAAUGCGACGACGUAGAGGCCAUGGUGGACACCAAGCGUCCAGUAAAGCGUCAAAAGACCUCGACAUCGUCAGUCGCAAGCGGUUGGUGUCACUGGGCGAAACCCUUACAAAUGAUUUCGUUGACGCUGCAUCUAUAG